AUGGGGAGCUUCAUAAUUUAUCUUACAAGCUCUAUUGGUUGUUUGUUCGUUUUUCGGUUUCUGAUACGGUUUUUGAUGAAAGUAUGGUGGACUCCGAUUCGGAUUCAGUCUAUGUUAAGAUCACAAGGAAUAGAUGGUCCUUCUUACAAAUUCAUCCAUGGUAAUUCCAAAGAGAUAGCCAAGAUGGAACAUAAUGCCUCGAGCAAUCCUAUCGAAUUGUCGCACCACUUGCUAUUCCCAACUGUAUUGCCACACACCUAUCAAUGGACCAAGCUUUAUGGGAAGAAUUUUCUGAGUUGGCAUGGUCCGCAAGCUCGGUUCGUGACAACAGAAUCAAACCUGAUUAAAGAGAUCUUUAACAAUAGAGAUGGAAUAUUCCCCAAAAGAGAACCUGACGUAUAUGUUAGGAAGCUUUUAGGGUAUGGACUUGUCACAGCUACAGCAGAAAAUUGGUUUAAGCAGCGUAAAAUAUCCAAUCAAGCUUUCCAUGCAGAAUCCUUGAAAGGAAUGAUUCCUGGGAUGAUCGCAAGUGUGGAGACUAUGCUUGAAAGAUGGGAAAAUGAGGGUAGCAAGGAGAUUGAUGUGUACAAAGAGUUCAAGAUUUUAACUUCUGAAAUAAUUUCCAGGACAGCUUUUGGAAGCAGCUAUUUGGAAGGACAGCACAUUUUCGACAUGCUAAUGCGAUUUGCGGUCAUUAUUUCGAAAAACAAGUAUGAAGUCAGAAUUCCUGGAAUCAGGAAUCUUGUAAAAACCCAGGAUGAUAUUGAAUCAAAGCGGUUAGAACAAGGGGUACGAAAAUCGUUCAUAAAUAUGAUAAAGAAAAGAGAAGAGGCAGCAAUGAUGGAUCAAUCUGCAAAUCGUUAUGGAACAGAUUUUCUCGGAUUAAUGCUCAAGGCACAUCACGAAGCUGAUAAGGCGAAAAAUUUAUCAUUAGAUGACCUGAUUGAUGAGUGUAAGACCUUCUACGUCGCAGGACAUGAAACAACCGCAAGCUUACUCACCUGGAUUAUUCUGCUACUAGCUAUGCACCAAGAUUGGCAAGAUAAAGCCAGAGACGAGAUCCUUGAAAUCUUUGGCAGGAAAACUCCAUUUCCUGACGGGCUUACGCGACUGAAAAUUGUGAGCAUGAUUAUCAAUGAAACGCUACGGCUAUAUCCUCCCGCUAUCCUUCUUGACAGGAAAAUUGAAAGGAAAGUAACACUAGGGAAGUUAAUUCUGCCCGCGGACAUUAUAGUUGAAGUUCCAAUUCUAGCAAUUCACCAUAAUCCUGAAAUAUGGGGAGAAGAUGCUCACCAGUUCAAACCCGAGAGAUUCGCAGAAGGCGUAGCCAAGGCUACUAACAACAAUGCAGCUGCCUUUCUUACAUUUGGUUUAGGAGCUCGAAAUUGUGUGGGUUCAAGCUUCACAGUUACAGAGACAAAGAUCGCGCUGUCCAUGAUUCUGCAGCGCUACAGCUUUUCGCUCUCACCAUCUUAUGUUCACUCACCUUUUGUAUUACUCACCCUAAGCCCAAAACAUGGAUUACCAAUCAUAAUUCAGAAAUUAUAGAGCAACACCAUAAGUUGAACAAACUUAUAAGAACAAGUGUAGAAUGCAUAAUAACUAGUAUUAUAAGGACAAGCUAAGUAGCUCAUGGUUUCGGCUUGGCUUAGUAGGAUCUUCUAAGGCAAAUUGUAAU